CACGCAUAUAUAUAAAUAUAUACACUCCAAAAUUUAAACCCUAAUAGCUUCGGGGGGGAAAACAUAACGAGAGCUUUGUUUUUCCAACAUGAGGUUUCCAGGUUUUUUGUCAUCGGCAGUUACGGUUAUCUUGUUUGUUGGUUGUUUCAUGGCGGUUCCUGAGGUUGUCACUGCAAAACAUGGCGGCGGGGUUACCAGACACUACAAGUUCAGUAUAAGAAUGAAGAAUAUUACACGAUUGUGCCAUAGUAAGAGCAUUGUUACAGUUAACGGCAAGUUCCCAGGGCCUCGUGUUGUUGCCAGAGAAGGAGACCGUUUGGUCGUUAAAGUAGUUAAUCAUGUUCCUAACAAUAUCUCCAUUCAUUGGCAUGGAAUUAAGCAGCUUCGAAGCGGAUGGGCAGAUGGGCCUGCAUAUAUCACACAAUGCCCCAUUCAAACAGGCCAGUCUUACGUUUACAACUUCACAAUAACCGGACAAAGAGGAACUUUGUUCUGGCAUGCUCACUUUUCAUGGAUGAGAGCUACUGUUUAUGGCCCACUCAUCAUCCUCCCAAGGCGCAAUGAAUCUUAUCCUUUCAUUAAACCUUACAAAGAAGUCCCUAUUUUGUUUGGUGAAUGGUUUAAUGCUGAUACUGAAGCUGUUAUCAAUCAGUCACUUCAAACUGGUGCUGGCCCAAAUGUUUCCGAUGCCUACACUCUCAAUGGUCUUCCAGGCCCAUUGUAUAAUUGUUCUGGCAAAGAUACAUAUAAAUUGAAGGUAAAGCCCGGAAAAACAUAUCUACUGAGGUUAAUCAAUGCUGCACUCAAUGAUGAACUAUUCUUCAGCAUUGCAAACCAUAGUGUCACUGUCGUGGAAGCCGACGCAACGUACGUGAAACCGUUCGUGACCGACACAUUAGUGAUAGCACCGGGACAAACCACCAAUGUGCUCCUAAAGACCAAAUCGCCAGCCCCUGAUGCCGCUUUCUAUAUGUUGGCUAGACCCUAUUUCACCGGCAUGGGCACAAUCGACAACACAACCGUUGCCGGCAUCCUCAAAUACGAAAACCCGAAAAACCUGGAAAAUGCUCCAUUGUUUAAACCAAGCUUACCUGCCAUCAAUGCCACAAAUGUUGUAGCCAAUUUUUCAAACAUGUUCAAAAGUUUAGCCACCAACAAGUUCCCUAUCAAUGUCCCACAAAAAGUGGACAAAAGGUUCUUUUUUACUGUUGGCCUUGGAACCAACCCUUGUCCUAAAAACCAAACAUGUCAAGGACCAAAUGGUACAAAAUUUGCAGCUUCAAUGAACAAUAUCUCCUUUGCACUCCCUACAACAGCUUUGUUACAAUCCUAUUUCUUUUCUAAAAACGGGGUUUUCACCGCCGAUUUCCCGGAUUCCCCUCUUCAUCCGUUUAAUUACACCGGCACUCCGCCGAACAACACACACGUUAUUAACGGUACCACUAAAGUUGAAGUGUUACCGUUCAAUGCGAGCGUCGAAGUGAUCAUGCAGGACACUAGUAUAUUAGGUGCUGAGAGCCACCCUCUCCAUCUCCAUGGCUAUAAUUUCUAUGUUGUUGGUCAAGGUUUUGGUAACUUUGAUCCUAAAAAUGAUCCUUCAAAGUUCAACCUCGUAGAUCCGGUUGAAAGAAACACCAUUGGUGUCCCCUCCGGUGGUUGGGUCGCGAUUCGGUUUCAAGCAGACAAUCCCGGUGUUUGGCUGAUGCACUGUCACUUUGAUGUUCACUUGAGCUGGGGCUUAAGAAUGGCAUGGAUAGUGUUGGACGGAAAACUUCCUAACCAGAAACUGCCGCCGCCGCCGUCGGAUCUUCCCAAGUGUUAAAACUUUUUUGUCUCUUUGAUGGGGACUUGAAAAUAUAUCAAUCUUGCCAUAUAUAUAUAUAUAAUAUAUACACAUAUAAUUGUUUUGUUGUUGUCUUAUAAAGCCAACAUUGGCAUUGAACAUGGUUCUUUGCUGUUUGGAGAAUCUAUCACCAACACAAAUGGUGAAGGUUUUGUAUACUUUGUAUGAGUUUCAAUGCAGUUGUUGCGGCCAAUAAUAAAUACUUUAUUCUCAAAAAAA